AUGAAGCUGGCCCUAGUGGGGGGUGUAGGGGAAGGAGAGGAGAAGGUGGGGGACGAGGGGGUAAGGGUACGAGCAGGAGCGAGUGGUGCUGAGCGGUUGCCUCCCACCAGGUGGGCAGAACAGUGCCAGGUAGAUGGUGCGGAGCGAUGCAGGGCUGUGGGCUCACCAGGUGAUGCAGAGCGGUGUGGGGCGGUGGGCUCACAAGGUGGUGCAGAGCGGUGCAGGGCUGUGGGCUCACAAGGUGAUGCAGAGCGGUGCAGGGCGGUACUCUCACCAGGUGGUGCAGGCUCACCAGGUGGUGCAGAGCUGUGCAAGGCGGUGGGCUCACCAGGUGGUGCAGAGCUGUGCAAGGCGGUGGGCUCACCAGGUGGUGCAGAGCUGUGCAAGGCGGUGGGCUCACCAGGUGGUGCAGAGCUGUGCAAGGCGGUGGGCUCACCAGGUGGUGCAGAGCUGUGCAAGGCGGUGGGCUCACCAGGUGGUGCAGAGCUGUGCAAGGCGGUGGGCUCACCAGGUGGUGCAGAGCUGUGCAAGGCGGUGGGCUCACCAGGUGGUGCAGGCCUGUGCAAGGCGGUGGGCUCACCAGGUGGUGCAGAGCUGUGCAAGGCGGUGGGCUCACCAGGUGGUGCAGAGCUGUGCAAGGCGGUGGGCUCACCAGGUGGUGCAGAGCUGUGCAAGGCGGUGGGCUCACCAGGUGGUGCAGAGCUGUGCAAGGCGGUGGGCCCACCAGGUGGUGCAGAGCUGUGCAAGGCGGUGGGCUCACCAGGUGGUGCAGAGCUGUGCAAGGCGGUGGGCUCACCAGGUGGUGCAGAGCUGUGCAAGGCGGUGGGCUCACCAGGUGGUGCAGAGCUGUGCAAGGCGGUGGGCUCACCAGGUGGUGCAGGCCUCGGGUGCGCGUCGUCGCUGGUUCCGUUUCGCCACGCGCUCGUCUGCAAGCGCUGGUUGCGCGUCGCCCGGUUCGUGCAUCCCGCCAUCGUCGUUCCGCUCGACCGCUUCUUCUCCGCGCGCGCCCUCGCGUCCCUCCUCCGCGCGCCCGCGACCGCGGGGUUCCCCAACCUCCGCCACCUGCACCUCGCGCCGAACGCGCUGGACACCGUCGAUCCCGCGCUCGUGCGCGCCAUCUGCGCCGGAUCUGGGCCGUCCUUGACGCAUCUCUCGCUGCAGCUGCACGACGGCUGGCUGCACGUGACGCGUGCCCGACGGUACUCUUUUCGUGGGAUCGCCGCGCAGGCGGCGGCGGCGGCGGAAGCGGCGCUAGCGGCGGGGGCGAUCUCGCCGGCCGAUGUCACCGCCUUGUUCUGCUCUUGCACGCGAUUGGUCAGUCUCGACUUGACCUUUGGGAGAGGAAUUUCCGAGGUUCCCUUUGCCGUCAGUUGUCUGCAGCAGCUGACGAAGCUCGGUAUGUCCUUUGACGAAGAUGUUACCACGUUACCAGCGGAGAUCGGCAGUUUGGUGCGUCUGAAGCGGUUACAGAUUCGGUCGACUUCCCUCGUGCUGCCCGAUUCCUUUUGCGGGCUGCCCGCCCUGGAGCACGUCAGCUUGCGCGGCUCCGAUUUCUCCCAUUUGCCCAGCGACCUCGGGCAGCUCCGAAACCUCAAGAGCCUCACUCUCAAACUUCUCAUGCAACUGGUAGAGCUGCCUGCCUCCAUCUGCCUCCUCUCCGCGCUUACCAGUCUGACCAUCGAGCACUGCCACGAGCUGGCAAAACUGCCCGAAAACUUUCAUCAGCUGCCGAGUCUGCGCACCAUCCACCUGGGAGCACUACUUGCCCUCACUGCCCUCCCAGAAUCUUUCGGUCAGCUGCCCGCGCUGCGUAACCUCACCAUUCAAGACAACGCUCGCCUCAAGCACCUCCCGCCGUCGCUCUCUGCCAGCAGCACGCUGGAGCGCCUCUUUCUUAACGACUGCCAAGCGCUCUCAGCCCUGCCGCACGCCAUGGGCCACAUUCCCACCCUGGAGCGAGUCGACCUCAGCUUCCUCGACGCGCUCACCGCGCUGCCCGACUCCCUGGGAAGUGCCUCUCGCCUGCGCGAGCUGAACGUCGUCCACUGUCGCCGCCUCGUGGCUCUCCCGCGCUCGCUCUCCGCCCUCACCUCCCUCGCCCGCCUUACGCUCGAUGGUUGCGCCGCGUGUGCGCUGCCCGAGGAUUUCGGGCAGCUGUCGAAUCUGGUGCGGCUGAAGCUGUCCUGCGAGCCACUGACCGCCCUCCCCAGGUCGUUCGGGCAGCUGGGGAAGCUGCAGGAGCUGAGGCUCCACGCCUGCUACGGGCUACUCGAGCUGCCCGCAUCAUUCGCAAAUCUGUCCUCGCUUGAAACCUUAGCCAUCUACGGGGGACCGUCGCUCACCUCCCUGCCGCCCUGCUUCGAGCACCUCCCGCAGCUGCGCCGCCUGGAGCUCUUCAACUGCGCCAUGCCGAACCUGCCGGAGAGGUUUGGGCAGCUACCGAAGCUAAAGGUUUUGAUGGUGGGGAGCAGGGAGAGUUACACGAGGAACGGCGCGGCUCCAGAGGAGCCCGCGCCUCCUGCUUGCCCCGCGGCGCUCUCAGUGGCCACGCUGAAUGAACCGCUGCUGGGUCGCUGCAUGCUGCGCAGCUUUCCCCUGUCCUUCACUUCCCUCACGUGCCUGCAGCAGCUGGUGAUUGACGGGUGUGACGCGCUGGAGAGCUUGCCGAAGGUGUUGGGGCGGCUGGCUGGGCUGCAAGUGCUGCACGUCAAGAACUGCCCGCUGCUGCGCUGCUUCCCCUCCCUCCUGCCCGCUCCUCCUCCCACCUCCACCUCCGCACCUGUUGGGCGUUCCGCCACUGCUGCUCCUGGUGCCGCUGUGCCUGCCCCUGGUGCUCCGUCCAGUCCCUCUGCUCGCCCUGCCGCUCACCCCUCUUUGCUCCCAAUGCUUCACACCCUGGAGAUCGCCAAGUGCCCGAAGCUCACCAGCCUGCCGGACGGGCUCCAUCUGCUGCCCAGGCUGGAGCGCAUCGCUCUGGACGACUGCAUCGCCCUGGGCUCACCCGAUGACUGCCUCCCGCUCACCGCACCACUCGCCCUCCCGCCCUCCAUCACCGCCAUCUCCCUCUCAAGCGUCUUUCUCCACUCCCUCUACCUCCCACCCUCCUUCCUCUCCCUCACGCGCCUCACCCAUCUCAACCUGCACAAACUCCUCGGUCUCCAGGCGCUCUUUGCUGCUCCCAGCAGCGCUCCACCGGAGGACCUACUGGGCGACUGGGAGGCGGGCACGGAGACCCAUCCCAUCUUUGCCUUGCGCAUCCACCCCCACCCAGGUCUGCUCGCCAGCUUGGCGCCCCUCUCGUGCCUGCAGCACCUUGCCAUUGUGCAAUCCAGGCUGCCCUCACUGCCCAGCAACCUGAGCGAGCUGGAAAGCCUCAGAGCACUCAUUGUGGAGGACUGCACCGUCAUCACCUCCCUCCCUGCAUCCCUAGCCCAUCUCCCCAACCUUGAAAAGCUCGUGCUGAAAGCCCUCCCGCAGCUGGCACGCCUGCCCGAGAAUCUCGGGCAGCUGAAGGCCCUGAAAGAGCUGACGGUGGAGUUGUGUGACGUGCUGGUGGGGCUGCCCACGUGCAUGGGCCUGCUCUCCUCCCUCGUGCUCCUCUCCAUCACCGACUGCCGGAAGUUCGCCUCUCUCCCCGACUCCAUCGGCGCCCUCCCCCGCCUCGCCUCCCUCACGCUCAACCGUCUCCCCGCCUGCGCUGGCUGCCAGAGUCCAUCUCUCGCCUCCCCGCCCUCGUGA